AUGGGACAGACCAUGACGACCCCCCUUAGCCUGACGUUAGGUCAUUGGACAGAAGUGAGAGCAAGGGCGCAUGACUUGUCGGUAGAAGUUAAAAAAGGGCUGUGGCAGACUUUCUGUACCUCCGAGUGGCCCACUUUUAACAUUGGAUGGCCCCCGGAGGGGACUUUUGACCUCUCCACUCUGCUUGCAGUAAAAGCUGUUGUUUUCCAGAAUUCAACUCGGGGACAUCUGGAUCAGCAGCCCUACAUUGUGGUCUGGCAAGAAUUGGUGGAAAAUCCACCGCCCUGGUUAAAGCCCUGGGUGCGAAAGAAAGCGAACUCUUGAGACUUAUUGGCUCAGGCUCAGGCUCAACCUCGGGGAAAAGGGAAAGAGACCACCAAAAUACACCCUGACACUCAAGACUUGCUCAUGGUUGAUGAUCCCCCUCCUUACCCUCCUGCCUCUGCCCCGGCACCCGAGGCCCCGGCGCCCGAGGCCCCAGUGCCUCCGGCCCCGGCACCUCCGAUGCCUCUAGCCUCUGGUACCGAGGCAUCGGGGCCAGCUCCAGGACCGGCCCAGGGAACUCGGCGGCACCAAGGGGCCGCAUUGGACCCAUCACGUAUUUUUCCCCUCAGGUCUUAUGGGGCCCCCAUUCUCGGGGAGGAAGGAGACCCGCCUUUCCAACCUCUGCAAUACUGGCCAUUCUCCUCUGCCGAUUUAUAUAAUUGGAAAACUAACCACCCUCCUUUUUCAGAGGAACCGCAGAGACUAAUGGGACUGAUAGAGUCCCUGAUGUUCUCUCACCAGCCCACUUGGGAUGAUUGUCAGCAGCUCUUACAGGUACUCUUCACCAUGGAAGAAAGAGAAAGGAUCCUCCUGGAAGCGCGAAAGAACGUGCCUGGAGCUGACGGACGACCGUCGCAACUCCCUCAUGAUAUAGAAAGGGGGUUCCCACUGACCAGACCCAACUGGGACUUUAAUUCUCCAGAAGGUAGGGAGCGACUAACCAUCUAUCGCCAGGCUCUGGCGGCAGGUCUUCGCGGGGCUGCAAGGCGCCCCACCAAUUUGGCCAAGGUAAGAGAGGUUAGUCAGGGAGCCGCUGAGGCGCCUGCAGUGUUCUUAGAAUGCCUGAUAGAAGCCUUCAGGCGGUAUACUCCUUUUGACCCCACUUCUGAGGAACACAGUGCUUCAGUGGCUCUUGCCUUUAUUGGGCAAUCAGCGCCUGAUAUUACAAAGAAGCUUCAGAGACUAGAAGGCUUACAGGAUUUGUCGUUGAGAGAUUUGGUGAAAGAAGCUGAGAAAGUUUAUCAUAAGAGAGAGACUGAGGAAGAGAAGGAAUUAAGGAAGGAAAAGGAAAAAGAAAGUAAAGAGGAAAAGAGGGAUAGGAAGCAUGAGAGAAAUUUAACAAAAAUCUUGGCCGCAGUAGUAGAAGGUAAGGGACGCCCGCCCUCUAGUGGUAGAACUAGUCAGGCAGGGCACCUGGGCAACCAGCCUCCUUUGGAUAAAGAUCAAUGUGCAUACUGCAAAGAGAAAGGACAUUGGGUGAAAGAAUGCCCUAAAAAGCCACUGCAGAAGCCUCCAAAAAAGGUGUUGUCUCUGCUGGAAGACGAAGAUUAGGGAGGACGGGGCUCGGAACCCCUCCCUGAGCCCAGGGUAACUCUGAAAGUGGAGGGGCAACCCGUUGAGUUCCUAGUAGACACCGGUGCUCAACAUUCUGUAUUAACUAAAGACAAGGGCCCUCUCUCUGGCAAAAAGUCUUGGGUGAUUGGAGCUACAGGCCAGAAACAAUAUGCAUGGACCACCCAAAGAGCAGUAGACUGAGUAGGACGAGUAAGUCACUCGUUCCUCAUUAUACCGGAAUGCCCUACGCCCCUGUUAGGAAGGGACAUCUUGACCAAAGUAGGAGCCCAAAUAUCUUUUCAAGCUGAGAAACCUCUGGUGACUAAUCAGGAAAAUAAGCCUUUGAACCGGAGUAUUCUGACCAUAAGUUUGGAAGACGAAUACUGUCUUUUUAUGGAACCAGAGCCCUCCCAAAUUAGUCAGGAGUGGCUCGACCGAUUCCCAGGAACCUGGGCGGAGAUGGCGGGCAUGGGGCUCGCCAAGAACCAGCCCCCUGUAAUCAUAGAACUAAAAGCUUCAGCCUUGCCAGUGACUGUGAGGCAAUAUCCAAUAAGUAAAGAAGCCAGGGAUGGAAUUAGGCCACAUAUCCAGAAGCUCAUGGAACAGGGAAUAUUAGUAAAAUGUCAAUCCCCAUGGAACACCCCCUUGCUGCCUGUAAAAAAGGCAGGAACGGGAGAUUACCGACCAGUACAAGAUUUAAGAGAAGUUAACAAAAGGACACAGGACAUUCACCCCACCGUGCCAAAUCCCUAUAACCUACUAAGCUCCCUGGCCCCAAAAAACAUCUGGUAUUCAGUUUUAGAUCUAAAGGAUGCUUUCUUUUGUCUGCACUUGCACCAGAACAGCCAACCGCUGUUUGCCUUUGAGUGGAAAGAUCCCACCACAGGAACUACUGGGCAAUUGACCUGGACUCGUUUGCCACAAGGAUUCAAGAACUCGCCCACCCUCUUCGAUGAGGCUUUACAUCAGGACUUGGCUUUCUACCGAGCUUCAAACCCACAGGUAACUUUGCUGCAAUAUGUUGAUGACUUAUUGAUAGCCGCUCCCACCCGGGAGACCUGCCAAGAGGCCACUGAAGCCCUUUUGACUGAACUUGCCAAAUUAGGGUAUAGAGCAUCUGCUAAGAAGGCACAGAUUCCUGGCACCGGACAACGCCUUCUCAACCUCCUUGAAGGGGCUUUUCAGGUCUUAAAUACCACCAACCCUAACACUACUGAAUCCUGUUGGUUGUGUUUCUCUUCUGGGCCGCCUUAUUAUGAAGGAUUGGGAUUGUUAGGCAGUUUUAACAGAACAACCCGUCACGAGAUCUGUAGCUGGGGAAGCCACAAGAAGCUAACUCUGACUGAAGUAACUGGAAGAGGAAAAUGUUUAGGUUCAGUCCCUCCCACCCAUAAAGCUUUGUGUAAUGAAACCAUAGCUGUGACCUCCUCAGGUGAAAAUGAGUAUCUAGUCCCUCCUCCAGAAGGGUGGUGGGCUUGUAACACUGGAGUGACCCCAUGUGUCUCUACUUCUGCCUUCAACUCCUCCCGCGAUUUCUGUAUCAUGGUUCAGCUGGUGCCCAGGUUGAUGUAUCAUGAUGACCUCUCAUUCGUAGCUGAAUUUGAACCUAGGCAUAGAUAUAGGAGGGAGCCGGUCUCGCUGACCUUAGCUGUGUUGUUAGGGAUAGGAGUCACAGCCGGAGUAGGUACAGGGACAGCUGCUAUUAUCCAAGGGAACCAACAUUAUGAGGGACUAAGGACAGCUAUUGAUGAAGACCUAAAAACCAUAGAGCAAUCCAUUACUAAACUUGAAGAAUCUCUGACUUCCCUCUCUGAAGUAGUCUUGCAGAACAGACGAGGGCUGGAUCUGCUGUUUCUAAAAGAAGGAGGAUUGUGUGCAGCUUUAAAGGAAGAAUGCUGCUUUUAUGCAGACCAUUCCGGAAUAGUAAGAGAUUCAAUGUCAAAGCUUAGGGAGAGGCUAGACCAGAGAAAGAGAGAACGAGAAGCCGGCCAAGGGCUAUUUGAAUCUUGGUUCACUAGGUCCCCGUGGUUUACGACCUUGAUAUCCACUCUGGCUGGGCCCUUACUCAUCCUUGUGUUGCUCCUCACUUUAGGACCCUGCAUAUUGAAUCGGCUGAUAACUUUUGUUAGAGAAAGAGUGAGUGCCAUUCAUGUACUAAUGUUGAAGCAACAAUAUUAUUCACUCACCCAACAAGAAGAUACAAACAUUCCAUGAUUGGAAUGCCCUUAAAGAGAAGUGGGGAAAUGUAGAACCUGAAGAAUCAAAAGUUAGCAUAAGCACAGCCAUCUUAAAGGCUCAAACACCAUUUUCUAACCUAGAAGGAG